GGCCAUCAGGGCACAACUCCAACAAUCUCCCACUUGCACUAUGGCCAAUCUGGCNUAAAUAAACGUGUAAUGAUUGUGGCCCCUAAAAGAAAAAUAAAACGAUAGCUCCCACUGGCUUCCGGUCACUUGGACUUCGGGCUAUCUCCAUUCUUUUAGAUUUCUUCAAACGGUCUUCAAAUCUUUUCGUCUUCUAACCACCACGUAAGAAAAGAAUCCUCGGUUGAGGAAUAUAAUAUUUGUUUACAUUAGCAUGAGAUGUGUAAACAUAUUAUAUCUGCCUAUAGAUGAUAGAAUAAUGAUAAACAGUUGGCCAUCAGGGCACAACUCCAACAAUCUCCCACUUGCACUAUGGCCAAUCUGGCAUCGGUCGAAUGCCCAUGGACCUAGUAAUUAUCGUCGGAAGAUAAGAGAAAGUUAUCAAUGAACGCAAAGGCAAUCAACAUCCUCCAUUGCUCUCUCGGCCCCGAUGAAUUUGCACGAGUAUGCUCAUGUAAAACGGCCAAGGAGGUAUGGGACUUGCUACAAGCUACUCAUGAAGGCGACGUCUCAACUAAGCAAACGAUGAUUGCCCUUGGGAAUUCCGAAUAUGAAUCCUUCAAGAAAGAGUCAAGUGAGACAAUCCAAGACAUGAACAAGAGGUUCAACGAGAUUGUUAACAAAUUGAGUAAGUUGGGUAAGACGUAUACUACUUCCUGGCUUAAUGCGAAAAUUCUAUUUUCUUUACCUAAAGAAUGGCAUAGUAGUAUUGUAGAUUUAUUACCCAAAUGUGAUAAGGCCGAAACCGCCCACAUUUGGUCUUCCUUGUGUUCUCACGAACUUUUGUUGAGAAAGAUUAAAGAGGAAGAAAUGCGUGAAAAUCCCAAGCUUACCAACACCUUCAAAGCUUCAAAAGACUCGUCUAGUGAAGAGUCAAGUGAAUCAAGUGAUGAUUCAAGUGACUCAAGCUCUACGGAAGAGUCGGAUGAUGAAGAAGACGAAGAAAAGGCAAUAAGAAAGAAGUAUACGGAUUUCCUCAAAUGGAAGAAGUAUGUGAAGAGGAAAGAAACGUAUAAAAAGCCGAAAAAAGAGCGGCAUAUGCCAAGCUGUGAAUUUGAAGAAUCUGAAAUUGGAAGUCAAGAACCAAAGAUUGCGCAGCUUUUGAAGAUUAUGAAGAAGGAGGGAGAUUCUGCAAAGUACCUGGAAAUUGAAGAGGAAAAUCGCUUGAAGGAGAGAAAUUCCGCAAAGGUGGGAGAUUCUCCGUAUGACCAAAGUGAAGGAGAGAAAUGAAUUAAAACCUGAAGUGGGAAGAGGACAUUGAAGAGGAAAAUCGCACAGGAGCAAAGUGAAGGAGAAAAAUGAAUUAAAACCUGAUGU